AUGGAUCGUAGUUACUGGAUGUAUGGACUUAAACGUUCAUGCGAUGAAUAUUUGGCAUGUCUGAGUGGUUUUCUUAAAGUUGCAGAGGAGAAUCGGGUGAAUAAAGGAGAAAGCUACAUAUGGUGUCCUUGUGUAGAUUGUCAGAAUUGUUGUAUGUACACUGAUUCUGCCAAAAUAGAAGAGCAUUUGAUAGUUCGUGGAUUUAUGAGAGAUUAUACGUGUUGGUCACGACAUGGUGAGAUAUUGGUUGAUCAUAAUGCAACUGCUUUAGAGUAUAAUGAUGAUAUUGUUGAUACAGACGAUAACAACUAUGAUAACUUAUCUGGAAUGUUACAUGAUUGUGAAGACAAUGUUGCUGAAGAUGAUUAUGAAAAAUUUCAACAAUUAUUUGAUGAAUCAGAGAAACCGUUGUAUACUGGGUGUACAAAAUUUACCAAACUAUCAGCUGUGUUGAAAUUGAUUAACUUAAAAGCAAACAACGGUUGGAGUGAUACAAGCUUCACAAGUCUUCUAAAGAUUUUGCAUGAGAUGCUUCCGGAUGAUAACGAGCUACCUGUGUCCACAUACCAAGCAAAAAAAUUGAUGUGUCCGAUGGGAAUGGAAAUUGAAAGAAUACAUGCUUGCCCAAAUGAUUGUAUGUUGUAUCGAAACGACUAUGCAGAUCUACAUAGUUGUAUUACAUGUGGUACAUCACGAUACAAAAGGAAAAAUCCUACAGAAGAAAACAAUAUUAUGAGAAUGAGUGGACCGCCUGCUAAAGUCUUAUGGUACUUGCCUAUCAUUCCAAGAUUAAAACGGUUAUUUGCAAACGCUAAAGAUGCAAAGUUGAUGCGAUGGCAUGCCGAGGAGCGUACAAUAGACGACAAAAUAAGGCAUGUUGCAGAUUCUCCUCAAUGGAGAAAUAUCAAUUCUAAGUUUGAAGAAUUUGGUCAGGAUAUUAGAAACAUUAGAUUUGGACUUAGUUCUGACGGCAUCAAUCCAUUUGGAAGCUUGAGCAGCCGCCAUAGUACAUGGCCAGUUCUUCUUUGCAUCUACAAUCUUCCGCCUUGGUUAUGUAUGAAAAGAAGAUACAUCAUGAUGUCACUGCUAAUUCAAGGUCCAAAGCAACCGGGAAAUGACAUUGAUGUUUAUUUAUCUCCAUUAAUCGAGGACAUGAAAAAGUUGUGGAGUCCAGGUGUCGAAGUGUAUGAUGCAUACAGUGCGGAAAAUUUCCAACUUCGGGCCAUGAUUUAUUGCACCAUAAGUGAUUUCCCAGCAUAUGGGAAUUUAUCUGGAUACAGUACAAAGGGAUCAAAGGCAUGUCCAGUAUGUGAAGAUGACACACAGUCGUUAUGGUUGAAAAAUUGCAAGAAAAAUGUAUACAUGGAUCAUCGAAGAUAUCUUCCAAAAAACCAUCCGUAUCGUAAGAAAAAAAAAGUGUUUAAUGGUAAAACCGAGAGCACGAUAGCAAGGCCACCAUUACGAGGAGAAAUUGUAUUUUCCCGUGUUGAAAAUCUAAACAUUACAUUCGGAAAAACCAAAGGUAAAGGGAAACGAAAACAUAAACGUAAUGGUUAUACAUUCUACACUAAUCAACAAGAUAAAAAAAGUACGCUUCAAAAUAGUGGAGUAACGUUAAUAGCCUCAACAGAAUUAUAUGGAGAUAAUCAUGAUGCAAGGUCAAGGAUAGCUAAAGAUUCAUAUUAUGGUGUCAUUCACGAAAUAUGGGAAUUAAAAUAUGAUACCAUCAUUAUACCUAUGCUCAAGUGCAAAUGGGUUGACAACCAACGAGGUGUUAAAGUUGACAAUGAUGGGUUUACAAUUGUUGACCUUUCCACAAACGGUUAUGUAUCAGAACCAUUCAUUCUAGCUAAACAAGCUAGCCAGAUAUUCUAUGUAGAGGACCCAAAAGACUCUAAAAAGCACAUCGUCAUGCAUGGAAAACGGCAUAUACUUGGUGUUGAUGAUGUUGUGGACGAGGAAGAGUACGAUCAGUUUGACGAGCUACCCCCAUUCUCUAUCGGCAUUCCAUCUUCAAAUGAUGAGGUUGACGACACUACUUACUUAAGGUCAGAUCACAAUGAAGGAUUAUGGGUGUCAUAA